CAAAAGACAUAUAAAUUUAAUUUUUUUAAAGCAUACAAAACCAUAAUAAACGUUGUUUCUUGUUAUUGCUUACGAUUGCAUGGUUGAAAAAUUUAAAUAUGUUUGUUAUUGAAAAUUAAUCCAACUUGUCGAGGAACAUUAUUCCCGUGCAAAGCUAUGAGUUACUUAGUUUAUGAAUGAACUAGGUGGCAACUCUAUAUAACGGUACAUGUUUUCUAAUUUUGCUUUGUUCUUUUUCGUGCUCUUCGACGUACUUGGAAAUUUCCAUAAAGUAAGAAGAGAAGAAAAUGAAGUGUGUGAAAAGAUAAAAGUUGGCUACGGAAUUGUAAAUUCAAGGAGACAAAAUGAGUCAAGCCGAAGAUCAGCCUUGGUUCUUGAGUAAUUUUGAAUAUGGCAGCGGAAUAGCAGCACUCCAUAUGGAGAUCGAGCAUUUUUAUAAUUAUAUCGUCAACACACGAACGGAGUACAUGAUGCGCCUGGAGGCCGUGCAGCGCAUUGAGAACCUGUUACUCGGCCUUUGGCCGGAAGUGUCCAUUGAAGUUUUUGGGUCAUUUCGCACGGGCUUAAAUCUGCCGAUUUCAGAUAUUGAUAUUGCUGUCAAUCAGUUUUGUUGCCAUGGUUGUGGUCCACUGAUGGAGCUGAAAGCGGCGCUAAUAAAGCGAGGCAUUGCCACGGAUGUCCUUGUGCUGGAUAAAGCCUCCGUGCCAGUUGUCAAGUUUACGGAGCAUAUAACGCAAAUUAAAUUCGACAUCUCAUUUAAUAAGACGACGGGCGUUAAAGCGGCCGAAUUGAUUCAACGGUACAUUGAACAGUUUCCGGAGCUGCCUAAGCUGGUCAUCGUUCUUAAGCAAUUCCUCAUGCUGCGAGGACUCAACGAGGUUUACAGCACCGGAGGGAUUUCCUCGUACGCCAUUACGCUCAUGUGCAUCAGUUUCCUGCAGCAGCACUCCUCCAAGAAUGACAACAAGUUGGGCAGGUUGUUGCUCAAAUUCUUAGAAUUUUAUGGACGCAAAUUUGAUUACUUUAAAUAUGGGAUUUCAGUGCGCGGCAGAGUGGAGAAGUGCGUCCUUCAGGCGACACUCGGCGAGUACAAUUGGCUAUCGGUGCUGACCAUUGAGGAUCCAAUAACGCCCACCAAUGACAUUGGACGCAGCUCUUUUGCUGCACUGGACGUAAAAAAAAGCUUUGAAAUUGCGUUUUUAAAGCUAUCCAAGCUGGUGGACUUGGAUUCAUCCAAAGUUAGUGGCUCGAUGCUUGGGAGCAUAGUGCAAGUGCCUUUGUCCGUGAUAAACUACCGCAAUUGGGUGCAGCUCAAAUUCCGGCAUUUGACCAGUAACGGAACGACGCCGCCUUUAAAUGUCCUUUAGCAAUAUGCUCUUAAAUUGCACUUGCAGUCGGGGGAUGAAAAUAUGAAGUUGGAUGAGAAAGGAAUUCCCAGCAAUCUGAAUAAUUUGGAAUGUUAGUUUAAAGUUAUCCACAACUGAUAUAUAAUAGAUUUCGAACUGUUUAUUUAGAAUUACUUUAUGUAUACUAUUAAUUACUUUAUUUUGAAUUUUGAAUUUUGUAUGUAUGUUCAGAAAUAUACAAUUUUA